AUUUUAUGUUGGUAACACUUGAAUUUUCUUUUUAGCUUUGUGCAUUCUAAAUAGAAAUAUCUGUAAGGAAAAGUCAUAAAAAAAUGCCAGAAAUGACUGAAGUUGAUAAACCCGUUGUGUCCGAACCAAAACCAGAACACAGUGAAUCUUCAACAGAUAGUGACUCCGACGAAGAAAUUCCAGAAUUAGAAGAUGCAGGAGCUGCAAAUGCUGCAUCAGCAACAUUUCCUGGGGCCGCUGCUGCAGGUUUGCCAGUUGAUAUGGUUUCCAAAGCCAAACAAUCUAGAGGGGAAAAGAAAGCCAGGAAGAUAAUGUCAAAACUUGGUUUGAAACCUGUUCAAGGUGUCAACAGAGUAACCAUCAGAAAAUCAAAAAAUAUUCUAUUUGUUAUCAAUAAACCAGAUGUUUACAAGAACCCUGUCAGUGAUACUUAUAUAGUUUUUGGAGAAGCAAAAAUAGAGGAUCUUUCGCAACAGGCACAAGUUGCUGCAGCAGAGAAGUUUAAAGAAGUUAAUCCUGCUGGUGAAAAUGCUACUGGUACUACAACAACUUCUGUUGCUCCUAUAGCUGAAGAAUCAGAAGAUGAGGAGGUUGACGAAUCUGGUGUUGAGGAAAAAGACGUUGAAUUGGUGAUGUCCCAGGCAAAUGUCAGUAGAGCUAAGGCUGUUAAAGCACUGAAAAAUAAUCAGAAUGAUAUAGUUAAUGCUAUUAUGGAGCUGACGAUGUGAGAACAUUACGAAUAAUUUCAUAAAUCUCCUUCCUCUUUGCUUGAGUACAUCAGUAUAUAAGUUUUUUCUGUAAAUAAUAAGUCAAUAAAUGCCAAAAAAAUCA